UCUCUCUCUCAAAUGGCAGCUUUUUCAUUCCAACACUACCCUUUCCUUCUCGACUCUGCUGUCUUACCGAACCCCGCCAUUAAGAUGUCUGGUUUACUUGAAGAAGGAGAGAUGAAUGCCUCUUUUAUCUUUCCUUUCUACCAAUAUGAUUCUCUCCCAGACUUUGCAGUUUCUCCAACAGCCAAUGCAAGUGGCUGUUUUGGCAAUGGAGCUGCUGUUGUGGAGGAGAAACCGACCAUUGAUUCUUCCUCAGUGGUUGAUCAGUCUGAUGGUGUUGAUCAAGUGGCCCACCAGCAGGCCGCAGUGUAUAAGAAGAGGAAGAACAGAGAUGGGUCUUGCUUAAAUUCUCCAGAAUCGAAGGAGGGGAAAGGAAGAAAACAGAAGAAAUGCAGUAGCAAGAAAGAAACAGAGGAGAAGAAGCCCAAAGCUGUUAAAAACAGUCAGAAAAAGGCCUGUGAAGAUCCCCCAACUGACUACAUUCAUGUAAGAGCAAGGAGAGGCCAAGCAACAGACAGCCACAGCCUUGCAGAAAGGGUUAGAAGAGAAAAAAUUAGUGAGAGAAUGAGGCAGUUACAAGGCCUUGUUCCUGGUUGUGACAAGGUGAUUGGAAAAGCCCUUAUGUUGGAUGAAAUCAUCAACUAUGUCCAAUCCUUGCAAAAUCAAGUAGAGUUUCUUUCAACAAAGCUUGCUUUGUAUGACUUUGGUGUGGAUUUAGGUGACUGCACAGCAGCUAAUUCAGAGGGGCUGGACAUUCCAUCAACAUUUCCAUGUCUUCAAGGAUCUCUAGCUUUUCAGGAUCCUACCACUGCAGCCGUCCCUACAGCUAAUAGCUACCCUUUGAUGAACGGUCGAGAUCCCGUCGUAUUGCUUCAAGGGCAGAGGCCUGAUGCCUUUCCUCAGGAAAAUAUAAAUCUUGUUUGGGAAAUGGAAGACCAUGGAAAUGGAAUGGCGAGUCAAGCUGUGUACAGCAACAUUUGUUCUUUUCAAUGGAAAGACUGCUCUACGAACAUCUGAUUGUAAGGAGACAUUCCUACCACUAACAACAGUAGUAGCAGUGGAAGAAACCCACAUGAAAUCAAAAGCUUUCAUCUCAAUAUCAGCUUCAAUGGAGUGGAUUUACUAGGCACUGAACAUGAGAAGAAUAUUGAAAAGAAAAGAAAUUUAGGGACGGAUAUUUUCACCCCUAAAAUUGAUAAUUGACAGACUUAGGUGGUAAUACGUUAUGGUGAUAUAAGAUUCUUCUACUCGUGAAUUCAACCAUUUAUGUAAUGACCAAAUUACCCACCUGGGGUAGUCUAUCAUUUUUAAGGGGGUGCAAUUGUCAAUUCUCAAAAGAUUAUAAAAUAAGAACAAAAGGACAAGAAAACAAUGAAACCGACCAAAUAUAGACAGAUCCCAUUGGAGAUCACUUGCUGCUGGAUUGUAAUUUCAAGCACAAAUCCCUAGAAACUGGUUGUUAUGCUUAGAUUCAUAUAAAAUAUUAUUAUUUCAUUUUA